UACAGCAGUCUAGUCCCACUGCCGCCGCCGGGAGCAACUAAACUCCGCCGGUUGUUUGUUCGAUCGUACCUCGACCAAUGGUUUCUUGGUUAGCCGCCACUUUCUGUUUCCUUCAGUAGCGAAUUCCAUACUUCAGGAUUAUUAUUAUUAUUAUUGGCAAAUGGAGCCCUCAAUUUCAAUUCCCGGUCGCAAUUCCUCAAUUCCACCCAAAUUUGGUGCCCGCCUUCAUCUUCACGCUCUCCCUCCGAACCCAUUGAACAUAAAACAAGUAAAUCAUCCAACAAAACCAUCCUUACCCAACACCAACAAAAACAACAACCAUGAAAGAAAUAAUCAGCCUCCUAAAACCAAGCGGAAAUUCAUGGAAUCAGAUUCAUUUCCGUCGUCUUUACCAAUUCACACCAAAAACCCAUAUAUGGUUUACAGAGACAUACAGAGAUUCGCCAGACAAAACAAACUUAAAGAAGCUAUCGCGAUUUUGGACUAUUUGGACAAACGAGGAACCCCUGUUAACGUAACCACAUUCAAUUCCCUCAUCGCUACAUGUGUUCGUUUGAAGGCUCUCACUGAAGGAAGGCAAGUUCAUACGCAUAUUCGUAUCAAUGGGUUAGAAAAGAAUGAGUUUUUGUGUACUAAACUUGUCAAUAUGUAUCACUCUUGUGGCGCAAUUGAAGAUGCACGCCAAGUGUUCGACGGAAUGCCUAGCUCAAACGUUCACCCAUGGAAUGCUUUACUCAGGGGCUCCGUUGUAUAUGGAAACAGACAAUCUGGAGAAGUUGUCGAUACAUUCUCUGAAAUGCGCGAAAUCGGAAUCCAAUCAAACGUUUAUACUUUCUCAUGUCUGAUCAAGAGCUUUGCCGGUUCUUUAGCAGCUUCUCAAGGAUUCAAAAUCCAUGCACUUUUGGUGAAAAAUGGAUUCCUCGAUAGCAUGAUUUUGCAAACCAGUCUUAUCGACAUGUACUUUAAAUGUCGCAAGAUUAACCUCGCUUGCAGCCUUUUUGAGGGAUUCAAUACGAUCGAAAUUGAUAUUGUCGCUUGGGGAACGAUGAUUGCCGGCUUUGCACACAAUAAACUGCCGAAAGAAUCGUUAGCAUAUUUCAGAAGGAUGAUAAGAGAAGGAAUUUCUCCUAACUCGGUAAUCCUCACCACGAUUAUACCCGUUCUCGGAGAAUUAUCAGCUCGGAAACUCGGGCAAGAAGUCCAUGCCUUUUCGAUCAAGAAGAACGGCUAUAUAGAGCAGUUACCGAUUCAAUCUUCUUUGAUCGAUAUGUAUUGCAAGUGUGGUGAUCUCGGUUCGGGUAGAAGAGUAUUCCACGUCUCGAGCGAGAGAAGUGUCUUCUCUUGGACCGCGUUAUUAUCUGGUUAUGCAGAGCACGGUAGACUCGAACAAGCAUUGAGAACUAUAGUCUGGAUGCAGAAAGAAGGAUUCAAGCCCGAUAUCGUAACGAUUGCGACUAUUCUUCCCGUUUGCUCUAAGCUGAAAGCGUUGAGACAAGGGAAGGAGAUUCACGCUUUUGCGUUGAAGAACGGUAUACUCCCCGGAAUAUCGAUCACAACAUGCUUGAUGAUGAUGUAUUCCAAAUGCGGUUUUCUAGACUACUCUCGUAAAUUAUUCCGAGGAUUGGAUUCGAAGAAGAACGUGAUCGCAUGGACUGCGAUGAUCGAUUCCCUUAUCGAUAACAACUGUCUCGAGGAAGCCGUGAGUGUUUUUCGUUCAUUGCAUCGGCAUGACGCGGUUGCAGUUUCGAGGAUUCUUAAUGUAUGUGGACGUCUAUGUCAAUUGAGGCUCGGGAGGGAAAUCCAUGGGCAAGUGUUGAAAAAACGGCUAGAAUUGAUCCCAUUUGUUUCGUCUGAGAUGAUAAGGAUGUAUGGAAGCUGCGGUGAAACCGAGAAAGCUAGGAGGUUUUUCGACGCGAUUCUCGUGAAGGGUCCGUUGACAUGGACGGCUAUAAUAGAGGCUUAUGGACAACAUGAACAUGUGGAAGAGGCGCUUGAUCUUUUUACGGAAAUGACAUUGGAUGGUUAUUGUCCUAACCGUUAUACUUUCGAGGUGGUUCUACGUUUAUGCGAAAGGGCAGGGUUAGCGGAUGAAGCGUGUCGAUUAUUUAACUUAAUGGUUCGAAAAUAUCAAAUUAAGCCUUGCGAAGAGCAUUACUCUAGCGUCAUUGAUGUGCUAAAUCAAUCGGGUCGGAUUGAAGAUGCUAAUGCAUAUUUAAAAUUGAAAAUGGCAGUUGGAUUGUGAUUUUUUAUUUAA